CGCACCAGGGAUGGGAUUUUGGGUUUGAAUCAUUUGGGGCAGAUUUUUUUCGGGUGGGGGAUAGAAGAGGUGGGGUGUGUGUGUUUUGGAGAAGAAGCAGGGGUGUCUUUUAUUCCUGUUAUACCUGGACACCGUUGUUGGACUCCUCUAUUUGCUGACCCUGCCCAGGAGCCCCCCCAAGACGGAGAGCAAUUAGCUGACCAUGUUUAACGGGGAGACUAGUUCCUCCUCGGCUAAAAAUGUGGUCCGCAGCUCCAGCAUCAGCGGCGAGAUGUACAACGUCGAGAAGAGCAAUGGGGGCAACCCGGACUCGGCCAGCAUCACCUCCAACAAGAAGAGGCGCUCUAGCCUUGGGGCCAAGAUGGUGGCUAUCGUGGGGCUGUCCCAGUGGAGCAAGAGCACCCUGCAACUCAACCAGCCCGACGGCGGCCCCAAGAAGCUGCGCAGUAACAUCCGGCGGAGCACGGAAACCGGCAUUGCUGUGGAGAUGAGGAAUAGGGUCACGCGGCAGGGCAGCCGGGAAUCGACCGACGGCAGCACCAACAGUAAUAGCUCCGAUGGCACAUUCAUUUUCCCCAUGACCCGGCUAGGAGCCGAAAGCCAGUUCAGUGACUUUUUAGACGGGCUCGGGCCGGCGCAGAUUGUUGGCCGGCAGACACUGGCGACGCCUCCGAUGGGCGAUGUCCACAUUGGGAUGAUCGAUAGGAGCGGGCAGCUGGAGGUGGAGGUGAUCCAGGCCAGGGGCCUCACCCCAAAGCUGGGUUCCAAGUCCAUCCCUGCGACCUAUGUUAAAGUUUAUCUGCUGGAGAAUGGGACCUGCCUGGCCAAGAAGAAGACCAAGAUGGCCAAGAAGACCUGGGACCCAUUCUACCAGCAGGCACUGCUCUUUGACGAGGGCCCACAGGGCAGAGUUUUGCAGGUGAUUGUCUGGGGAGAUUAUGGCCGCAUGGAUCACAAGUGCUUCAUGGGAAUGGCGCAGAUUGUCUUGGAAGAAUUGGAUCUCUCCAACAUGGUCACAGGCUGGUACAAACUCUUCCCCACUUCCUCGCUGGCGGACUCCACCAUCGGCCCUCUGACGCGUCGCCUCUCCCAGUCCUCUCUAGAGAGUUCCACAAGUCCUUCUUGCCCCUAAGGGG